AUGGCCACCACUAUCUCGCACGACCUUGCCUGGGAGAUUACCAAGGGACGCAGCUCCACGCUCGUCAAGAGGGCAAAUGGCGUUCAGUUCUCGCGCGAUCCUCUUAACCUGAGGAACCUUUACAGCCGCAAGAACGAGGGCUCAAUCGCCAACAAGGCUAUCGGUGUCAUCCCCGGCAAGGAGGGUGGUGUCACUCUUCUCACCAAGAAGGCCGACAAGCACCACCAACCCGCAUCCGCCAUCCAAACCACCACCUUCGGCCCCAACAAGUCCACCCGCAAGACCUACUCCGCUAUUGUCAACGCCACCACCAAGCGCAACUACCGCCCCGACCUCCGCAAGGACGCCGUCGCCAGGGCCUCUGCCAUCCGCAAGAGCCAGAAGCCCGUCAAGGCUGACAAGCCAUCAAAGCCCAGGGGUGUCAAGGCCAAGGCUGCCGCUGCUGAGAAGGCAUAGAUUAUGAGUGGCUGGAAAAUGUGCUGCAUGUGAAUUGGUUCGGAGUUCAACUUCAUUCGGUUCAUCUUCUGUGGGAUUCGGAGCUCAUGAUAUGAAAUGAGCAUGGGCUGCAUGAACAAACUAAGCUAGAGUCUUCAUAGCGAAUUGACUCGGCGAGAAAUGAAUAUGCUUCGAAAACCAAAGUUGGGCGUUGUUACGCAUUUGUUUCACAUGAGGUGUAAGCUUACAGGUCGAUUAGAGCGCGGCUUUAAAUCUCGAGAAGUGAAACGCUUCUCUUACUGGACA